AUAAAAACAAAAUAAACAUAACCAUAGAUUUUAACAUCUUUUUUACAUAAAAAGAUAAUGUUGUUUUUAAUCAGAAUUAUCUAAACUAUAUUUAAUAUUAAAGAAUAUUUUCUGUGUAUCAUAAUAAAAUGGCUUCUCUUAAUAUAACAUCACCAAAUGCAAAAAGAUUUUCUCAAAUCAGAAGUGCACGUCAAGCUAGUGUCAUUGAUAUAGAUAUAGACAUGUUCCUUAAAAUUACUAAUUAUGAGGAUACUGUCAAACAGCUCGAUAUCUAUUAUGGAAUUGUAAAACGACAAUUACUUCGCUAUCAAAGUUGUAUAACUGGUUUAUUUCCACAAAUCACAACUGAUAAAGUAAUUGGAAGUAUACGUGAAAGUAUUUAUUGUGCUGCUGCAAUAUGGAGUUUAUAUCAAGCUUAUCGACGUAUAGACGAUGAUCGUGGAAAAUCUUAUGAACUCGGUCAGUCAGCAAUAAAAUGUAUGAGAGGUAUUUUAGAAUGUUGGAUGAAACAAUCAUCGAGAGUAGAAUUAUUCAAACGCAAUCAAUCAAAUCGCUUUGCUCUGCAUUGCAAGUUUCAUUUAAACACUGGGGAUGAAAUCCUUCAGGAUACAGAUUAUCAUCAUUUACAAAUCGACAUUGUGUCUCUCUAUUUAAUAUUUUUGGUACAAAUGAUUUCUUCGGGACUUCAAAUUAUAUAUACUCAAGAUGAAGUAGCUUUUAUACAAAAUCUUGUAUAUUAUGUAGAAAGAGCAUAUAGAACUCCAGAUUUUGGAAUGUGGGAACGUGGAAGUCGUUAUAACGAUGGGACUCCUGAAAUACAUGCAAGUUCCAUUGGUAUAGCAAAAAGUGCUUUAGAAGCUAUAAAUGGUUGUAAUUUGUUUGGAGAAAAAGGUGCUUCCUGGUCUGUGAUAUAUGUUGAUAUCGAUGCUCAUAAUCGUAAUCGUAGUAUUUUUGAAACAAUGUUGCCGCGAGAAUCAAGUUCAAAGAGUGUAGAUGCAGCUUUAUUACCAACAAUAUCUUUCCCUGCUUUUGCUACGCAUGAAGAAGUAUUAUAUAAUGAAACUAAAUUAAAUAUAAUUCGUAGACUCAAGGGUAAUUAUGGAUUUAAAAGAUUUGGGCGAGAUGGCUAUAAAACAGUGUUAGAAGAUAAACAACGUCGUUAUUACAAAUCUGGUGAAAUAAAAGAAUUCGAUAAUAUUGAAUGUGAGUGGCCGCUUUUUUAUAUUUUUAUGAUAAUCGAUGGUGUUUUUAAAACAUUACCUGAACAAGUAGAAGAAUAUCAAAAUUUAUUGAAAUGCAGAAUAUAUAAAGAUCUUCAUGGAGAUCCUGUAAUACCUAUGUACUAUUAUGUACCAGAAGAAAAUUUAGAAAAUGAAAGAAAUGACCCUGGUAGUGUUUAUCGUAUACCUAGCGAUGAAGGCAGAGGCUAUAGGAAUUCUACAGAUGCAGAUGCAUCACCAAUGUAUCUAUGGAAUCAAGCAAUGUUUAUAAUUGCACAGUUAUUGACUGCUGGUUUAUUACAUAUCAACGAAUUAGAUCCUAUUCGUCGCUAUUUGCCUUCGUACAAUAGACCAAGAAGAGCUGGAAGAUAUUCUGCUUUUCAGGCAAAACCCACGAUUGGUACUCAUGCUGAUCUUGUAGUACAAAUUGUUCUAAUUGCGGAAUCUAUGAGGCUACAAGCUAUGAUGGCAACAUAUGGUAUUCAAACACAAACUCCGCACGAAGUAGAACCAGUACAAAUUUUAUCUUCAACUCAAUUAAUAAAAGUUUAUCAAAAGCUUGGAGUAAAUAAGAAAUUACAUCUUCAAGGACGUCCAGUUAGACCUAUCGGUUCUUUGGGUACAAGCAAAGUGUAUAGGGUGUGCGGUAUGACGGUACUUUGUUAUCCACUCAUAUUUGAAGUAUCUCAAUUUUAUCUAUACAGAGAUAUGGCUUUGUUAAUUGAUGAUAUUAAAACAGAACUUCAAUUCGUCGGUAAAUAUUGGCGACUUUCUGGUCGUCCAACUGUAUGUCUUCUAAUAAGAGAAGAACAUAUGAGAGAUCCACAAUUUAAAGAAAUGUUGGAUUUAUUUGCAAUGUUAAAGAAAGGAUAUUGUGACAAAACAAAAGUACGCAUUGGACGAUUACAAAAUUUAAUUUCAUCCUCUUGUAUUGAACAUUUGGAUUUUGUAAAUUCUAUGGAAACUGAUCUUGAACUUACUCAAUUCAAACAGUUGCAACACGACUAUAUUGGUUAUCAAAGUCUCACGGAUGUUCCAAGAGCUUUGACUUAUUCUGAAGAUAUAAGAGAUUAUUCCUAUUUUAUGCACGAGCCUUUGCACAAUAUAUUAAAUGAAAUUCGUAAUUGUGAUGGAUUAUAUGUAAAGUGUCAGCUCUAUGGUGUUUUAUUAAAAAGAGAGGGUAUCAAUUAUGAGAUUAAUGGAACAACAGUUGGUGAUCAUUUAAGAACACUGUAUCAACAAGCAGGAUGUCUCAGAUAUUGGAUGGCUGUUCGUUACUGUAGCAGUUUAUUAAAUCACACUGUUGAUAGUAUAAGUCCCUUUAUUACUGGUGUACUUGUCAAAGGAAAACAGAUAACUGUUGGAGUUAUUGGCUAUGAAGAAACUGUAUUUGAUAAACCUAUGACACCUGCAGAAAUUCAAUCUGUUAUGUAUUCUACAAUACAACCCCACAAUGUAAUACAAGCUGUACUUCAACAAGAGGUAUUAUUGUAUUGUGGUAGACUUAUUGGGACAAAUCCAGAAAUGUUUAAAGGAAUAUUGAAAAUUCGUAUUGGGUGGGUUUUGGAAGCAAUGAAGCUUUAUUUAGAAAUGUUUGUAAAAAAUCCUGAACCAAUUGAAAACUACAGUCCCUAUCAAAUUAGACAGUUCCUGAUUAAAGUAUUGACUGUUAAAAAUUGGGCCAGUUCAGAAAAACUUACUGUACUCGGACGAAGGAAAAUCGAAGGAAGUUUAUGUAGAGUUCCUACACACUUUUAUAAUCAAGUAUGGGAAGUUUUAAUGCGUUGUCCUGGAGGUAUAUGUGUUAAUGGACGCGAAUUGCCUCAGCAGCCAACACUUUCGAAUAUGACACGAUCAGAGUUAACUUUUGCUUUGCUCGUAGAAUCUCUUCUUCAUCACAUACAAUUACCAGAAUAUCGCCAAAUUAUAGUAGAGUUGCUUAAUAUAGUAUCAACAAUUUUGUUAAGAAAUCCAGAGCUUAGUUUCCAAAAACAAUUAAAUCUAAAUAAACUUGUUGAGGAUAGCUUUGCUAUGUAUGCCAAGGAUCAAAAUUUAGAGAAAACAGACGACUUCACGCCAUUCUUUUCUGCACAUUAUUCGGUAACUACUGGUUACCUGGCUAGAGCGGUCGUAAAUAAUGUUCUUACGAUCGGUCGUGUAACUACUAUUAUGGAUGCGAAAGAAUUUCAAUCUAAUGAAAUGUGCAAAAUUACAUAAAUAUACUUUCUAAUCUACGUUCUAAUAAGAUAUAUUCUAAUAGAUUCAAAGUACAACAUUUAUGAUGAAAUAGAUUUGAAUCGAGAAAUGUAUAUAUAUUUGUAUAUGGUACAAGAGAUUGUGUAAUCUUAUUUAUGUAUAGUUAUCUUAGUAAAAAUCCAUUGCAUAUAUCUUAUUUUCUAUACAAAAUGUAUAAAAAAGAUCUGAGAAUUUACCGUGUCAUUCUUCAACUCCCAUAUUUCAACUGUACAAGUGUGUUUAACUAAUGACUCAUCGCUUUGCAAAAUUUGUAUCCAUUGCUCGACAAGAACGUUGUAUAUUGUUUAUAUUAGAUUUAAUCCUUGAUGCAACUGUGCCCACUUCGGCUGCAGCAACUAAUUGUUUCCUAUAUUAUAAAAAUAUAUACGUCAAAUAGAUAUACUCUAAUAUAUAAUUGUAUAAAGAAAAAAAGAUCAAUAUCCUACCUAAUAAAAUCUCUGUUAUAUA